GUCUGUGUCUGCACAACGGGCGGGAUAUCCGCAGUAGUAAGCUAGCUAAUAACAUGGCGAAGACUUACGAUUACUUGUUUAAACUACUUUUAAUCGGCGAUUCGGGCGUCGGGAAGACCUGCGUGCUAUUCAGAUUUUCAGAAGAUGCCUUCAACUCAACGUUUAUCUCCACUAUAGGUAUUGAUUUCAAGAUCAGAACAAUAGAAUUAGAUGGCAAGAAGAUCAAGCUACAGAUAUGGGAUACAGCAGGACAGGAGAGGUUCAGGACCAUCACGACAGCCUACUACAGAGGAGCAAUGGGCAUCAUGUUAGUGUAUGACAUUACCAAUGAGAAGUCCUUUGACAACAUCAAGAACUGGAUACGGAAUAUAGAAGAGCAUGCCUCAGCAGAUGUGGAAAGGAUGGUCCUUGGGAACAAAUGUGACGUCAAUGACAAGCGACAGGUGUCCAAAGAAAGAGGAGAGAAGCUGGCGCUGGAGUACGGUAUCAAGUUCAUGGAGACCAGUGCAAAGGCGAACAUCAACGUCGAGAAUGCCUUCCUAACCCUCGCCAGAGACAUCAAAGCAAAAAUGGACAAGAAGCUGGAGGGCAACAACCCGCAGGGCAGCAAUCAAGGAGUAAAGAUUACAGAACAACCCAAGAAGAGCAGUUUCUUCCGCUGCACGCUCCUGUGAGGAGACGGGAAGCGUUGGCAUCCACCAUCGCCUUAACUGUGUCCCCCACUGGACAGAACUGGACAGAGCACACUCUUAUCUUCUCUUUUAUUUUUUUCUUCACUCAUCUUCCUCCUCCUCCUCCUCCUCCUCGUUCUCUUGGUUAGGAAAAACAAAUUGCUCUCUUGGUUCCCUCGACAACUGUGAAUCUAACUACUGUGGCCUCUUAGAUGCUAAAUUGGACUUCUUUUUUUACAGUUGCUCAUCAGAUUGACGAUUCCAACAUGAUUCCUUAGAUUUUAUUGACUUUUAAAGACGAUAAAACCAUCACUUUUCACAAUAAUGUCUGAUUAUCAGAUAGUUUGUUUCAUCUGUUGUCAGUGUCACAUGGUGAAGUCUUAUUUGUUCGAUCUGUAUCACCAAAACUAGCCUAAAUUAUAUAUCCAGAAAAGGCUUCACAGUCCAAUGGGCUUCCUAAUUUCUGUCAAAUAAUGUAUGUAUCCAAGGUGAUGAGAGUACAAACUAUCAUACCACAUUUGUGGCCUAGACUUUUACAUAUCCACAUUAGGUAACCGUGACAUGUAAAUAUGUAUCACUGAUUACGAUCCAUAUGAAACAGUAGUGCCAGUGCAUUUUACUCAUCAUAUCAACAUUUGGGGUUUACAUGUCCCCUGUCCACCUUUUCUACUUGUGUCUUCCUGUUGAUUUCCUAGGCUGAAACAUUCCUCUUGUGAACACUUUAAUGUGCAAUGUAAUGAAGUGUAUGUGGGGCCCAGAUUUAGCCUAUCUUAAGUAUUCACGUGGUCGCAGUAAGACUGGGUUCUUGACUAAGUAUGCUUGUUUGAAGGGCACUUGGAUUCCUUUUGUAGCCGCUCACCUCAUCAUUAUUUUGGUAUUGCGAUUUGUUUGGUGAUUGGUGUGAGGUUUAUUUGAUGCACUUCGACUGGUGGACUAGCAAUACCUGACCCUGACACCUGGAGGCAAUAUGGUUACACAGCGGGGGCACAGAAGGAACCGCAGCGAUGAUGAAAUCGUUGUAUGCAUUCAUACUUCUUCCUGUUGUCAGUUCCAAUGGGGGAACAUGUACAUGUACAACUGUUUUCUGGGCCUUGGAUAGGGGCUGUGCUGUAGCAGUAUUUAUGGAGUGAAACAAAACAUAGCACCAAAAUGACAAAGUGCCCUUUUUAUGUUCUUAUUGAUUAUUAUGCACUUUUUUCUCCUUUUUGUUCUUUCUGUAAAAAAACAAACAAAAAAGUUCUUAACAUUUGUUGACUGUUGCAAGUCUUAACUGAAAGCAAAGAAUAUUCAUGCACACGUUUUCCAUUGUACCUUGUCUGGGCUUCCUAAAAACAUCUGAGCACUGAAACCUCGUCUUGAGAGAAAAUACACAGAAGGCCUUUGAUUUAAAGAUGUUUUUCCCUCAUUACAACAUUCCUACUAACGGACAUUUCACUUUUCUAGCUUUGUUUUGCAUUUCCAUUGAUGCUUUUGGGAACCCCAGAUGCACCCACCUUGUUCCCUCCCCUCCUCCUCCUCUCCAGAUAUUCUACAUCUUGUUUUGGCCCAGCAUCAUGGCCACCUGAACUAUGCAUUCUGGGUGCGUAGGAAACCUCAAAAAGCUUUGCACAUUUGACUUGACAAGCUUUAUUUGAGAUUAGAAAUGUGCAAAGGAUCCUUGCUGUUUUAUUUUCUGCUGUCACUCUAAAUUCUGCCGUAUUUGCUCGGUUGAGCCAUUCAGGCGUGAGCAUAGGAAAUUGAUGAUGAAAAUCACAAGUGAGAGCAAAUCAUUUCUAGCGGUGCUAAAGAGUUAUUGAACAUGUAACUGCGUAACCUGUGGAUUUAAAUCAUUGUUGUUAACAUGGUUGGACUUGUGGCACAAUUUUGGUUUAACUGGCUCUCACAGAUCAAAUUAAUUGCUUGAUUAAAAAAAAAAAAAUGCAGUUUGGCCUAAAUGUCAUCUGAACAAUGAGCUGCUCAGUAGUUCUUUGAG